UGUGAAAACUAUUAUAUGCUCUGCCUGCUUAAAUCAGAUUUUACUAUAAAAUAACACACUAACUGAUUAAAUGCAAAUUGCAUAGUCGGAGUUGUUUUUAAAUUUUUUGUCGCAGUUCUGUACUUUACUGGUUGCCGCUUCCCCUCGCGAACAGAGUCAUGGAGACUGUUGCUGCAGCCAAAUCGGUCUCCUUGGCCUCGAAAGCCUUUUCCAAGGAUGGAGGAGGCAGGUGGAAGGGAAGAAGCGCAAGUAAAUGUAUCAGAGCUUCUGUAGCUUCGUCUCCGAGAAAGUUAGAAUUGGCGAGGCAUGGCGAAGACAAAGCGGGUGAAGUUGUACGUGUGGGGGUUCUCGGGGCCAGCGGCUACACUGGUUCAGAGAUUGUUCGCCUUCUUGCUACACAUCCAUACUUCUAUAUCACCUUAAUGACUGCUGACAGAAAGGCUGGGCAAUCUCUGGGGUCAGUGUUUCCACACUUGAUUAGUCAGAACCUGCCAGAUAUGAUUGCUGUAAAGGAUGCAGAUUUCUCAAAAGUUGAUGCCGUGUUCUGUUGUUUGCCACAUGGAACGACGCAGGAAAUAAUUGCUUCACUUCCAAAAACACUAAAGGUCGUAGAUCUUUCUGCGGACUUCCGUUUACGUGACAUCAAUCAAUAUGAAGAAUGGUAUAACCAACCUCACAGAGCACCAGAUUUACAGAAAGAAGCUGUUUAUGGGCUGACUGAGCUUCUUCGGGAAGAUAUAAGAAAUGCACGUUUAGUGGCAAAUCCUGGUUGUUAUCCUACUUCUGUCCAACUGCCGCUUGUUCCCCUGCUCAAGGCUGGGCUCAUACAAACAAAUAAUAUCAUUAUCGAUGCCAAAUCUGGCGUGAGUGGUGCAGGCCGUGGAGCAAAGGAGGCAAAUUUGUAUACUGAAAUUGCUGAAGGAGUCCAUGCAUAUGGUAUAACCAAGCACCGUCAUGUUCCUGAAAUUGAGCAAGGCCUAAGUGAUGCUUCUGCUUCCAAAGUUACCGUCAGCUUUACACCUCAUCUAAUGCCAAUGAGUCGGGGAAUGCAGUCUACCAUAUAUGUAGAAUUGGCAUCUGGUGUGACUAGAGAUGAUCUUUAUCAGCACUUGUCUAGUAUAUAUGAGGAUGAGGAAUUUGUUAUUUUGCUGCAAAAAGGUAUUGCACCUCAUACUAGGAAUGUUCGGGGUUCCAAUUAUUGCUUUAUAAAUGUAUUUGAAGAUCGCAUCCCAGGAAGAGCUAUUAUUAUUUCUGUGAUAGAUAAUCUUGUGAAGGGUGCAUCAGGUCAAGCACUGCAGAAUUUGAAUUUGAUGAUGGGAUAUUCUGAAAAUGCGGGACUUCUUCAUCAGCCUUUAUUUCCUUAGUCAUCUGUCAUAAAAUUCUAUGUCAAUUAUUAUUUAUUGUGUAAGCAUACUAAUGUAAGGAUUGUUUAGUCAACUCAAAUCAGGUCUGAAAUUGUGUAUGUGAGCUUGCAUUCCCCCUUCAGCCCGAGGGACUGAUUAUACUAGUUCACUUUUCAAUUGCAGCUGGUAAUAAAAAAUGAGAAUGCUCAUCUAGGAAGAGUUUGCAGUUA